CCCAACACGCUUUCUUUCUAUAUUCAUAUACCUAUCCAUCCUCCUCUAUUAUUGAAUUUGAUCCGAUUCGAUCUCUCUCUCUCUCUCUUACCCCACCAUCGAAGUAAUCUCCCAUGAAUCUCACAUACUGUGGCCUUUUGAUCCUCUAGUAAAUCGUACGAUCUGUAUCAGUUUUAAUGGCAGGAGAAGGAGGGUUGAGAGUGGAGCAAAGACAUGGGAAGGCGAGAGUGAGAGUUGGGAGAGUUUGGCGUCAAGGCGGCGAUGGAUCUCAUCACUUUGUUGAAUGGAACGUUAGCAUCAGCCUUCUCUCUCACUGCCUCUCUUCUUACCACCGUGACGAUAACUCCGACAUCGUCGCUACCGAUACCAUGAAAAACACCGUUUAUGUCAAGGCGAAAGAGUGUGGAGAUCGACUCUCUGUUGAGGAAUUUGCAAUACUUUUAGGGAAUCACUUCUGCUCCUUUUAUCCACAGGUUUACACUGCUAUUGUUAAUAUCAUUGAGAAGCCAUGGGAGCGUGUGUGCAUCGAUGGAAAGCCCCAUUUACAUGGUUUCAAGCUUGGGUCAGAGAACCAUACCGUGGAGGCUACAGUACAAAAGUCUGGUGCACUAGCCUUAACUUCUGGUGUUGCAGGACUAGCUUUGCUCAAGACAACCCAGUCAGGAUUUGAGAAGUUUGUGAGAGACAAGUACACCAUUCUGCCUGAUACUCGAGAGAGAAUGCUUGCCACAGAGGUGAAUGCAUCUUGGAGGUACUCGUAUGAGUCUGUUGCAAGCAUCCCAAAAAAGGAACUCUACUUCAGUGAGAAGUUCAUGGAAGUGAAGAAAGUUCUGAUGGAUACUUUCUUUGGUCCUCCAGAAACCGGUGUGUAUAGCCCUUCUGUCCAACGCACACUCUAUCUUAUGGGAAGCGCUGUACUGAGAAGGUUCCCUGAUGUAGCAUCAAUUCACCUUAAAAUGCCAAAUAUUCACUUCUUACCUGUAAAUCUUUCAACAAAGGAAAACCCUUCAAUGGUUAAGUUUAAGGAUGAUGUGUAUUUGCCAACGGAUGAACCUCAUGGAUCUAUUGAAGCUACCCUAAGCCGCAUAACCUCGAAAAUGUAAAAGCUUUUGGACAAUGCAAUGACAGAUUAAAGACAACACUUCACAUGUUCUACAACUUUUGGCUUUUUUGCCUUGUUUAUGAAAUAAAGAGGGGCACUCUUCAUGAGGUGCUAGCUCUAUGUUGCAAGCAACUAUGGUGUCUUUGAACACAAAAAAAUGUAUGUGAUGCAUGGGUUUGCAUUUAUAUGCUAUAUAAACCAUGUACAGGACCUUCCUUGUACCCAAAAUGUUUCAACUUGAAUUACAAUGUUGUUGUAGUUGAAGUCAA